AAUUUCCCUCCUCUUCAUCUCUUCAAAACUCAACUUCUGUUCCUCCAUUUCUCAUAUUUUCAAAACCCAUUUCUUAUCAAUGAUACUGAAGCUGUUACUGUUGUUGGUUUCUCUACUUGGAAGUUCGGCUUCCAUGGAGUCUAAUACGUUGGUGGUAACUGAACAAGCUUACUUGAAUUGGAUAAAACAUGUGGGUUCUAUCAAGCAUGCUCUGUUUCCAAAGGCAGAGAACAGGUUCAAGCCAUGCUUAACCAUACAAGUGAACAAAAAGCCAAAGUCAGGAGAGUUUCUCACAUUACAGAAGGCUAUAAGCUCAUUGCCAAUCGAUAACGAUUGCCGGGUCGUUAUCCAUAUUGGUGCAGGAUUUUACAGGGAGAAGGUGGAGAUUCCUGCAACCAUGGCAUACAUAACAAUGGAAGGUGCUGAUGCAGAGAAGACCAUUAUUGAAUGGGACGAUACGGCUGACCGGAGCGGGAAGACAGGGAGUCCACUGGGUACUUACGGCUCUGCAACUUUUGGUGUCAAUUCUCCAUACUUCAUCGCAAAGAACAUCACAUUCAAGAACAGAGCACCAGCACCACCAUCAGGAGCACUAGGAAAGCAAGCAGUGGCACUGAGAAUCUCAGCAGACACAGCAGCCUUCAUAAGUUGCAGAUUCAUUGGAGCACAAGAUACUCUUUAUGAUCAUGUAGGAAGGCAUUACUUCAAGGACUGUUACAUUAAAGGGUCCGUGGAUUUUAUAUUUGGAAAUGGACUCUCCCUUUAUAAAGACUGUCAUUUGCAUGCCAUCGCUGAUAGCUAUGGAGCCUUGACAGCCCAGAAGAGAGGCAGCUUACUUGAGGAAACUGGCUUCUCUUUUGUCAACUGCAAGGUCACUGGGUCAGGUGCUCUCUACUUGGGCAGGGCAUGGGGCACUUUCUCUAGGGUUGUAUUUGCUUAUACCUACAUGGACAAGAUCAUCACUCCUCGAGGAUGGUAUGACUGGGGAGACAAAAACAGGGAAAUGACGGUUUUCUAUGGGCAGUACAAGUGCAUGGGACCGGGGGCAGAUAAGACUGGACGUGUGCCAUGGUCAAGGGAACUUACUGAAGAAGAGGCCGAACCAUUUAUUUCAAACAGUUUCAUUGACGGUGAUCAAUGGCUCCCUGAAUCUUCAUAGUCUGACAGCCUGCACUGCCCAUC